AUGUCGAUAAAAUCAUCAUCGCCGAUCGCCCUCAUCAUCAUCACCAUCGCAAUCGCCUUAACCGCGUCACCUAUCUGUGUCCAAUCCAAAUCGGAUUUCCUCCUAUUGCCGUCAGAUGACGCCGGAUCCACCUCUCUCUGCCCUCGUUCCGUAAACUCUGAAUCAUGUCCUGUCAAGUGCUUUAGACCCGCUCCGGUUUGCGGCGUCAAUAACGUUACGUACUGGUGCGGAUGUUCCGAGGCAAUUUGUGCCGGUGUACAGGUGGCGAAGCUAGGUUUUUGUGACUAUGAAAAUGAAGGCAGCGGGCCGGUGUCAGGUCAGGCGCUUCUCUUGGUUCAUAUCGUUUGGCUUAUUUUACUCGGAUUCUUCGUCUUGUUCGGCCUUCUCUGA